AAACUCGAGCCACCACUCCCAUCUUUGAAGUGCUCUUAAUUGUCCAUCUUCGAGCGCCUCUUUAUCUGUACCUCUGCAACCACCCCCAUCACCCACAUAUGGCUGAAACAGUAGUAGCUGGGAUUCCUACUUCUGAUUUCAAAAUCACCGGCACCCUUCACUACUCCCAUGAUGAGUCUCUCAUAAAAUCUGAUCGUGAUGAAACCCCCACCGUUGAUUACUCUUUGCUCUAUUCUAAUGAUCUUGAUCAACGUGCUGAGGCUCUGCAACACCUUGCCAAAGCCUGCGAGGAUUAUGGCUUCUUUUAUCUGAUAAAUGGAGUGCCAGAGGACGUGGUGGCGGAAGCAUUGAAGGCGUUGUCUGAUUUUUUUAAUCAGACAACACUAGAUGAGAAGGGUGAGUACAAGAAAAAGAACCCAACGGAUAGGGUCCGUUGGUUUUCCAACUACAACAGUGAGGAAAACAGAGAGUGCCUAAAGGUAGUUGCACAUCCUCAGUAUCACUGCCCGAGUAAACCAGCCCACCUCAGAGAGACCCUAGGAGAGUACUUGAAAAGGUCCCAUGAGGUGGAACUAGGGUUAGCUAGGGCUUUAUCAAAGAUCCUUGGCAUGGAAGAAACCUUCAUUGAGAAGGCGUCUAAACUGCAAGCAGGCUUCGAUGUGACUUCAGUGAACUUUUAUCCUCCAUCUUCCCAGUCCAAAGGUCCCGUUGGUUUAGCUGAUCAUACCGACCCUGGAUUAUUUGUUUCACUCAUACAAGAUGUCAAUGGUGGCCUUCAAAUCCUGUCCCAAAAAGGAAAGUGGAUCAGUGUGAAAAUUCCCCCAAAUGCCAUUUUUAUUAAUUUCGGUGAUCAAAUUGAGUUCUUAACCAAUGGAAGGUACAAGAGCAAUGUUCACCAUGUGGUUCUGGAAAACAACAAGGUUAGUAGAAUCUCGAUAGGAACACUCCAUGGACCAGCACUGGAAGCAUCUAUUGCCCCGGAUCCAGAGUUUGUGAACCAAUCUCACCCGCCAGCCUUCCCCGGGAUGACCUACAAGGAAUACUUGGAGUUCAAUGGUUUUGAUGAGAUUGACGUGCAAUCAAGCAUUACACAGCUUCGAUUUUAUGGUCUACAUGGGAAGCAUGAUAUUCAAGUUGGCAAAGGGGCUCUAGUUCCCUUAAUAAGCUUCACCAACAAGGGUUUAAAGAGGAUUGGCAAAGAUGGGAACAUAAUUGGUAGUACUUGGUGGCAACUGGGGUGCCUUGUGCUUAUACGAAGGAUUGACAAAGAGGAAAAGGAUGCUAUUGGUGAAGCUGAUUAUGUUUUGCAAGGGAAGAAUAGUAUUAAAGGUGGUAAAGGGGCUCUAAUUCCCUUAAUAAGUCUCUGCAGCAAGGGCUUGAAGAGGAUUGAAAAAGAUGGGAAACAUGGUUGGGAGCACAUGGAAACGAAUGGGGUGCCUUGUGCUUGCAUAGAGGCCCCUCCUCCUGUUGGUUAAUUUUCAAGAAUAGAUAGGGCAACAACCUAUAGGUUGGGGACUGUUUGUUGCUAAAAUCACUUGCUCUCCCCAUGAAACUGGUUAUAUCCCCAUGAAAUUGGUUAAAUAUGUGAGGACAUCCAUUAGCUUUUGAUGCUCAUGGUGACUCUCCUUUCUACAUUAAUAUUAGUAGUCCUUUUUAGUCCAUACAACGAUUGAAAUUGCAAUUGCAAUUUCUAGUUGUAAAUGAUUUUCUUUACUUAAUUGUUUGUAUUUGUAAUGAGCAUAAUUUAAAUCUAUUACUAGUGCUGUAGGUUAUACUUUUUAUUUUGUCUUUAGACUACAAUGCUUUAAGCUAUAUGCCCUGAGAUUGAGAUUUUUCUGUACUUUCUUAUUGUUUAAUAUAAUUUCUCCAUUCCU